UGUACCCCACCUCGCAUCAGUGUGAAUGGGAUUGAAUAAUGGAGCCUCUGUCUGCAUAGUUACUGGAACUUAUUCCUCCCCCCGGACAGAAGGAAACUAACAGCGGUGUGUCUUGUUGGGAUUUCUCUUCUCUUUUUUUCUUUUCGGUAACAAACCCCGACCAAGGAGGUUUUUUUGGGGAGAGGAGAGGUUGUUUCAUCCCUCUCUCUCCUCCUCAUCCUCCUGACUCAACAUCCUGCUUUUUUGUUAUUUAUUAUAUAUUUUGAAUUGAUACUUGGGUUGUGGGGAAGAUCUUUUUAACCAGACACCAGCAGGAUCUGCGGGUGGUGGUUCCGGUGGUUCCGGUGGUUCCUCGGGCUGUUCGGGACCGGAGCGGGGCAGCAUGGAGCCGGGUUCGCUGGGAUGUAUGGGUGAUGUUUGGGGGCUGAUGGAGCGGAGGAGAGGGGGGGCAGGAGGUCUGUACCUGCUGCUGCUCUGCUGGCUGCUGGCUGCUCUCACCGCAGCGCAAGCCCCAGAUGCCUCCUCGUCGGGUAUAGGGAGUUUUGUGGAGUUCUCUUUCAGCCAGGAGCCUCAGGACUCAGUGACGGUGCGAGGCGGCGUGCUGCAGCUGGACUGCCAGGCGCAGAGCGAUGCAGGAGCAGGACCCCCCCUCCUCACAUGGCGUAAGGAUGGCGUGAUGCUGAGCGCCGUGGUGGACGAGCGGCGGCAGCAGCUGGCUAACGGCUCGCUGCUGGUGCAGAACAUUGUCCACUCGCGGCACCACCGACCUGAUGAGGGGGAAUACCAGUGCCUUGCCACACUGGACGGACUGGGCACCAUUGUUAGCAGAACUGCCAAGGUCACUGUGGCCGGUCCGCUGAAGGUGGUCAUCCCCACGGAGUCCGUGUCCUCAUACCUGGGGGACACGGCCCUGCUGCGCUGCGAGGUCUCAGGCGACCCCACGCCCAUCAUCCGCUGGCAGAAGAAUCGGGAGGACCUAGCACUGACCUUUGACCCCGACUCUCGCCUGGCGGUGCUGCCGUCCGGCUCGCUGCAGGUCAGCCGCGUCCAGCCGCCGGACUCUGCCACAUACCGGUGUCUGGCAGACAACCCGGGCAGCACCAGGACCGGGACGGACGCAGAGCUCCGGGUGCUGCCAGAGCCGGGGGUAAGCAGGAACCUCCAGUUCCUCCAGCGUCCGUCGAGGGUCACGGCUCUGCUGGGAACCGAUGCCGUGCUGGAAUGUUCCGCUUCUGGAUACCCGACUCCAGGCAUCCAGUGGAGGAGAGGAGAGGAGAUGAUCCAGAGCUGGAAUAAAAAGUACUCUCUGCUGGUGGGCAGUAAUCUUAUCAUCCAGAGCGUCACUGACGAUGACUCCGGCUCCUACAGCUGUACCGCCGCCAACAAGAACCACAACAUCACCGCACACACCGAGCUGAGCGUGCAGGUGCCUCCUCAGUUUUUGAACUAUCCGACCAACACGUACGCCUACGAGUCCACGGACAUCGAACUGGAGUGUGCUGUGACAGGAAACCCCCCCCCAACGGUCCGCUGGAUGAAGAAUGGAGAAGAAGUCAUCCCCAGCGACUACUUUCAGAUAGUGGAUGGCAGUAACCUGCAGAUUCUGGGUCUGGUGAAGUCCGAUGAGGGGUUCUAUCAGUGUGUAGCAGAGAACUCCGCAGGCAGCGCGCAGGCCAUGGCCCAGCUGCUGCUCCGAGAGCCAGUGUCCCCCAGCCCGGGCGUUGCCCUCCCCUCUGCCCCCCGCGACCUGGUCCCUGUCCUAGUGUCCAGCCGAUUUGUGCGCCUCAGCUGGCGCCCCCCGGAGGAGAGCGGAGGAGCCGUGCAGACCUAUGGAAUUUAUUACUCUCAAGACGGAGUCCAGAGGGAGCGCUCAGUGAAUGUGUCGGAGCCGGAGUCUCUGGAGCUGACCGUCUCCAACCUGAGGCCUGAGGAGAGCUACACCUUCAGAGUCAUCGCAUACAACGACAUGGGGCCGGGACAGAGCUCCGCCCCCCUGAGCAUCAGCACCAAACCUGACCUCCAGGUUCCCAGCCGGGUGGAGUCUCUCCAGGCGGAGGCUCUGUCUCCCUCCUCCGUCCAGGUGAGCUGGGAGCCGCCCAGCCAACCCAACGGCCCCGUGCUGAGCUACAGACUGCUGUGGACCGAGAGGCCGUCCAGCAAGGAGCAGAGUGUGGAGGUGAACGGACUCAACUACAAGAUGGAGGGACUCAAUAAGUUCACAGAGUACACAGUUCGAGUUCUGGCAAUCAACCGCUAUGGACCAGGCACCUCCCCGGAGACGGUCAGCGUCACCACCCAAUCAGACG